GUAGUUGUAUUAUUAUUGCCUACAGUUAGCCCAUUUUAUCCACAAUCUCUACGUGCAUAGAUUUAAACAGGCACGUAGCUAUAAAAUGCAUUUUUAAAAUGUCCCCAUAUCAGUGCAAGCAAUAUCUAGUUCUAGUUUAUCACUAUCUUUGUUCAUAUACACAUGCUUUGCCAUUAAAAAAAAACUUAGUUGGUAAUUUGGUCCAACGAAGCACUUAAAGAUGCUGUCACAUCAACACGUCACGGCUCUCACUCAAUCCUUGGUGUUUCGAGUCAGAUCGUGGGCGUGGCUUGUUGGUUUUGACUAAAUCCUUGGUGUUUCAAAUCUUACGAAACCUUUACCCUAACCCUAUAACCUUACUCUAACCAUCUAAACUACCCAUAAUUGUUAGAAUUGCCUAAAACACGGUUGCGUGAUGACGUCAGACUCGAAACAACAAGGAUUUAGUGAGAGCCAACACGUCACAGAAUUAGGAAGUGAGAAAUGAAACAAGUCCCUUUAAGAAAGGUCUGCGCACUCGGUGGCCAAUUAUUUCUUAUUAAAUGGGGAAGACACAAACUUCUAAAAUAGCUAGCUAAGGACACAAUAAAACAACACAUUUACAUUAAACAUAAACUGUUGUGUUGAGCUCAAAUUGCGCAACAAACUUUGUCAGGUUGCUCUAGGUUGAAGCGCAUCGCAUCACAAAAAACUGUAAAGAUCGCCUCACCCAGACAGACAAUCGAUUGUCUUUCACUGAGACGGGCGGGACUUGCUUUCGUAUAAACGUUGCACUUUUCCCGAUUCAAAGUAAUAGCAAUGCAACGUCUUGUUAAUAACAACGAUCUUUAACGAAACUAACAUUAGGAUGUCAUGCGUCUGCGGUUUUCACAGUUUUGUAAAACAGCGAUUGCCUGUUAAUAUACAACUGUGAGUGUCAUCCGGCAGUACACUUGCCAUCAUGAGCAGCCCGAGAGGACCGAGCGGUGCACGCGCAAUGGGUCCUGUUCAGCCUUUCAGCAAACCUCAAACAAAAGGCGACGGAAAGAGUCAAGAACAGAGAGGUCCUUAUAAUAGUGAUAGAAACAGCAAACCCACAGAGAGCCCCGCGGACACCCGCAAUGGAAGAGCGCCAACACGGAGAAGCGGCAGUGAAAAGCAGACUGAAAGUCAAGACAGCCACGCCACGAGCACGUCCGAUAGAAAAGCCGCACCGUUAAGACAAGCAAACGGCAACCCACAGAGUAAAAAACAGAAAGACUGUGAGAGAGAUGAACCUUUACAGACGUUUGAAAGCAAAACCGAAGAUCAGCUCACAACAGAAGAGAAGAACAGAAGAGCGCGUAAAUCUACUGUGGCGCACGCGCCAGGGAAUGACGCACAGAAGAGCGCAAAAAGCGAUAUACAUAGUAAACCGAAGAUAGAAAGUCGACACCAAUCUUCUACAAUCGUGUCCGAUAUAAACCCCACAUCAAGACAAGCAAACAGCAAUCGACAGAGCAGAAAACAAAAAGAUAUUUCAGACACUGACAGCGUCAGAGAAGACGCAUCUCCGGAGCUCUCCAACAGCACGUCUCAGGACAAACGCAGACCAAAACUUACAAAAACGCAAAAAUCUCACAAUAGAGAGAGCACGGAAGAGGACACCAGGGCGCAUCAGAGUACCAUCAAAAAGGAACUAGAAAAAGUCCUCCACGCGACUAUUGAUAAAUUAAAGAUAAAAAAAUUUGAGAGAUCAAAAGCGUCCAGAUGUGUUAAUGAGGUCACAGACGAAGUCAUUUCACAUCUGAAACAAAAUAUGACCUGGUGUAGAGAUAUCGAGUCCUUAACAACUGGAAGUUAUUAUGAAAACGUUAAAAUUUGUGAGCCUGACGAAUUUGAUGUUAUGCUGACUAUUCCUGUGGAAAGGGUGGAUACCCAGGAGUUCAAUGACAAUGGAGCCUUUUACAGCAUUGCACUGAAACGACAUCCAAAUAAACAUCCUCUGGAUAGAUUUCUAAAUGAGGACAAGACAAUCCGGGCCAGUGAAAUGCUGAAUGAAUUCAGGCAUGGUGUCAAGGAAGCUGUGGAGUCACUGAAAAGCAUAUACAACAUUGUGGUACAGCGCAAGAAGCAAAAGUGUCCCGCAGUGACACUGGAGGUAACUGAAAAAGGAAAUGCAAUUUCCAUUGAUUUUGUUCUUGGGCUUAAGGUUCACGGCAAUUGGCCGAUCAACACAAAAGAUGGUUUUAAAAUAGAAAAAUGGCUUGGAACCAAGGAGAAAAGUGAUCUGAAGCGCAAUCCAUACUACCUGGUACCCAAAUAUGAGGGAAAAGGAAAUGUGGAACAUGGUGGAGUUGUUGCAAAGGAUGCCUGGCGAAUCUCUUUUUCACAUAUUGAAAAAGACAUUCUGAAAAGACAUGGCCAUUCCAAAACCUGCUGUGAGGCUAAAGGAAAGAAAUGCUGCAGGAAGGAAUGUCUAAAGCUCUUGAAGUAUCUUCUAAGUCAACUCAAAAAGGAGCACUCAGAUAAGAUGUCUAAGUUCUGCUCCUACCAUGCAAAGACAACCUUGCUCCACGCUUGUGCUACAAAGGUAGAAGACAGCGAGUGGGCAUAUGAUCAGCUGGCCAACUGCUUCCAGCAGCUUUUGGAUGACUUUGUCAGAUACUUAAAAAACCAAGAUCUCCGUAACUUUUUUGUCCCAUCCCAAAAUCUCUUGCAUCAGAACUAUCUGCCCAAGAGCAACUGUGAAUUUCUGGCAAACCAAAUUGAAAUCCAAAGAAACAAUAAUUUUCGUAUAUUUCAAUGACUUCAGAUUUUCUAUGAAUUGUAUUGAUCCCCACUUUCACCUUGAAAGUUGUAUUUGAAAAUAAAUUCAAGAAAUAUCU